UCGCCCUGAAGGGCGCCCGAAGUUCCCUGGAGCGGCGGCUCCCGCCAGCACCAGAACGUAGCCAUGCGGACCUUCUCGCCCGCCGCCCUCGUCGCGGCGCUCGUCUUCGGCGCGGCGACGGCCGAGCAGGACCGAGCGGCCGCGCUCCGCGGGAAGACCGAGGACGGCCAGAAGCUGGACGGGGACAACCGUGCCGUUACGCAGGUUGUGAGGCUGCUGGAGAGCAUGCUCCAGAGCUCCAAGGCGGAGGGCGACACGGAACGAAAGCUGUUCGCGAAGCACAAGUGCUACUGCGACGACAACGAGGAGGCCAAGACCAGCAGGAUCCAGGAGCUCGACACCCAGAUCCAACUGCUCGCCGCCCAGAUCGAGGAGAUCCAGAGCAAGACGGGCGAGCUGAGCGUGGAGGCCGCGGACCUCAAGGACAGGAUGGAGGACAACGUCUUGAAGCGCGAGAAGCUCACCAGCAUCCGCGACAAGGAGAACCAGGCGUUCCUGGACCGCAGCGGGGAGCUCAAUGUCACGGAGGCGCAGCUGAAGGAGGCCCUCAGCAUCCUGUCCGCCAUCGGGGCGAACCAGGAGCUCGCGGCGCAGGGGCACGUGCAGCAGAUGGCUGGCUACCAGCUGGCGCAGGUGCAGCGCGCCCUCAGGC